UAGAAAUAAAUAAAUUUUCUUUUUUUUUUAAUUAAAAAAACCUCAUUACUAAGAUUAUUAAUUAUUAUUUUGUUUAAUUUUUUAAAUUAUCUUCACACCAUCAGCUUUUUAUGUUUCAAGCAAAGCAAAGCAAAAACGAGCCCAGCUAUUGAAAGAAAAGAAUAAGAGAGAAAGAGAAUUCAUAAUAAUCAAAAGUAUAAUUACGAAGAAGACAAGCCAAUAAAAAAAAGAAAAACAAGCUCGUCACAAGUUUAGAAAGAUAAAAAAUUAUUCUGGCAUUUGAGGGAAAAAAAAAAAAGGAAAAAAAAAUGUCGGACUUGGCAAAUUUAAAGAGUCCUGAUUUAAUUGAUUUGAAGACUCCAGAAACAACAAUUAUUGAGUCAUCAAAGCUACCUUCACCAUUAAUUCCAGUAUCAAAAAAUGUUGAAAAUAUUUUGGUCAAUGAAUUAUCAACAACUGAUGCAAGUACAACAUCUGUUCAAGAUGAAUUAAAAUCAAGAAAAAGUAUUGAUAAUAAUCCUUUUGAUAUGGUUAUACGACAAAUAUCAGAAUAUGUCAACAAAGCUGAGGAUCCUUUUGAGUCUGUUUGGGAAAAAGCAACAUCAUCAUCAUCAUCAUCAAUAGACAACAACAAAUCAAAUAUUAAUUCAAUUAUGCACAAAGGUAAAAUUAAUGAUAAUUUAUCAAUGAACAAUACUCUUGAUAAAUCAACAUUUGUAGAUGGUAAAAAAAUACAUGGUCGUAUUCCUUCAAUUUACAUUGAACCAUCAAGUCCAAAUCAUGAUUUAUCAAUUUUAAAUCAAUCUGCAAUGAAUGAUACUUUGUCAACAUCAUCUGAUAGUGAUCCAAAAAUUGCAUCAUUUGAUUCACAACAAAUAUCAAUGUGUAUACAACAAGGAACAAUUGAUACUGAAUUAAUGAAUUAUGAUAAACCAAUUAAUGAUAAUAAUUUUAAUAAAUUUCGUCGUUCAUUUUCACAAGGAGAUUGUCUUCCAAUUAAAAAAACAUCUAGAAGUAAAUCACAAACAAUUGCUGGUGAUAAACUUAAUGAUUUACAAUCAGAUAAAGAUUUAAUGUCAUGGAUGGCUUUUAGUGAUCCAAUGAAUCAAGCAUUUUUACCUAAAACAAAUAAAAAUUCAACAUCAAAUACAAGUGAUGUAUCAACAAUAUCAAGGCUUACUUCUCAAGGAUCAUCAAAUUUAAGCUCUUGUUCAUAUAAUUCAACAGCAAAUCGUGCUUUUAUUGAUUCAAAUACUGGCAAUGUUGAAGUACCAGAUACUAUUGGAUCAAAUCUUUCUGAUCUUAUUCUAAAAUUUAAUCAUUUAAAAGCAAAUUUAACAAAUAGAUCAAGUGAAUCUGAAUAUUUUGAAUUAGAUAAUAUUGGUAAGAAAAAAAAUCAACUUGUUGAUUUAUCAAAUGAUUCUGUUUUUAUAGAAAAUAAUGUAAAAAGUAAAGAUGAUAUAUUUAUUCAUGCUCAAAAUCUUGAGAAAAAAUUUGAACAACUUGCUACUGGUUCAUGUGGAAAUAUCAACAUCAGUUAUGAAACACCACCAGAUCAAAUGUCAAAUGAGGAUAUUAUUGAACCUGAUAUUCCUGUUGAUAAUCUGAUUGAUUUUUCACCAUCUCCUGUUAAAUCAUUUAACAGUAAGCCAACUAACAAUCAAGAUAAUACUGAAUCAAACAAGAAUGAUGAUGAUAAAUUAAAUCAACAAAAUGAUAAUGAUAGUAUUAAUAGUCUAGAUACAAAAUUAGUUGAUCCAGAUAAAAAAUUAGAAGAAGCUAUACUCUUGAUGAAUCUUAAAAAAUUAAUUAAAUCUGAAAAUAAUUUAGAAGCAAUUGAACUGUUGAAAAAUUUAGAAAAUGUACUUGGCGUAACUUGUCAAAGUAAUAGUGAAUUAUUAAAAUUUUGUCUUCAAGAAAAAACAAAUUUAUCAAAAAGUAUUAAUAAAAGUAAAAUUGAUGAAUUUGAAAAUAAUACAGAUAAUGAAAAACAAUCAAAUAUUUCAAUACAUAUUGAUGAUUAUGAGUAUUCAAAUGAAAAUUCAAAACAAUUAAGUUCAGAAGAUAAUACAAAUAUUGAUGAAUCAAAAUCAAUUCAUGAUGAAAUUAAUAAAUCACAAGAAACAAAUAUAGUUAAAUCAAUGGGAAAUAAAAAUUUAGUUGUUGAUAUUAAAAAUGCAUUGGAAAAAUUAAUAAUAAAUGUUAAUGGUGAACCAGAAAAAUUACUUGAAAAUAUAAAUAAAAUAUUAGAUAAAGAUGAUGAAAAAAAUUCAUCAUUAACACCUAAAAAAUCUGGUCUUUCAUAUCGUUCAAUAAGAUCACUUUCUCAUCAAUCUAUGAAUGAUUCAAAUGGUAAAAUUAAAAAAACAAUUGAACGUACACCAAUUAAACGUAGAUCACUUGUUGUAAAUCAAUCAAUUUAUACACCAAAAAAAAAUGAAUCUAAAACACGUAUUGAUAGUCCAAAAAAAAGUCCAAUGAAACGUAUAUCAAGUGAUCCAGGUAUAUCAAAAGUAUUUGUUGAAAAAAAAGUACCUGAUACAGUAUUAAAAAUGCAAAAAACAAUGCCAAUUAUGGAUAAAACAAAACUACGUAAAAAAUAUAAUAAAGAUAUGCCAUUAUUAGGUAAAAAAGGACCAUUAAAAGCAUUGAUACCUAUGGGCAGUAUGCAACGUGAAACAUUAUCAGUAACACCAUCAAAAAUUGGACGUAAAAUUCCAUCAGCAUUAAAACUUGUUACAAGUACACCACAACAAAAUUCAUCAAUACUCAUUGAUUGUAUUAAAAAAUCACCAAAAAAAAAACCAGUUGCAUCAUCAACACCAGAUAGAAUAUCAAAAAUAUGGAAAGCUAAAAUUCAAAUACCAGAUAGUCCUAAAAAUAAAAAUAAUAUGUCAUGGAAUAUAUCACCAGUAUCACCAACACCACCAGUACAAUUACCAAAUAAAUCAAUGUCUGAAACAAAAAAACGUCAAAGUGAAAUAACAAAUGUAUCACGUUCACGUGUAUCAACAACACCACGUCAACUUAAUCGUAGUUCAAUAAGUGCAAUGAUAAAAUCACCACGUCAACUUAAUUCACCAUUAAAAAAAUUAAAUAAAAGUUGUUCAAUGAGCUCAGCACCACGUCAAUCAAUAUGUAAAGUUGGUGAUACAAAUAAAAAUAUAACUGCAAGUCCACUUAAAGAAAAAAAUAGCAGUUCUUUGAAAUUUCAAAAUUCAACAAAAAUUAGAAAAUACAGUUUUAAUGGUGAUUUAACAAAAGAAAAUAAAUUAAAGUAUAAUUAGAUUAAAGUAUCCAAUAAGAAAAAAUAAAAAGAAUCUAAUUAUAAGAUUUAAAAAAAAAAUAUUAUUUUAUAGACAUUCAAGGCUGUCCAUGUAUUUAUAAUUAAAAAUAAGUUUUUUUUUUUUUAUAUUUAUUAUCAUAAUUAUCAUAUUAUUAUUCAAUUUUUUUUUUAUAUUAUUUUCUAUUGUUGGUUUUUUAUAUUAAGGAUCUUUUUUUUGCAUGUUAUGAUUCAUGCUAAUAAUAAAUUGAAUAUUUAAUUUUCUCCAAUAAACUAUGUUUUAUAUACCAUAUAUAUU